UUCUCUCUCUCUCUCUGGCGCGUGUGUGUGCGUGUCUGUGUGUGUGUGUGAGAGACAGUAUGUGUCUAACAGUGGAGCUGUUUCAAUGACACAGCCAUGCGUGCUGUGAUUCCUCGCCCGUGAACGUGUCCGCCGUGGAGUCGCCGCCGCCGUGGAUGCAGAGCCUGUGCUCGGUCAAGAUGCAGUUUCGUACUGUACUGGACGUGAAAGUCGUGGACGUGGAGAAGCGGCGCAGUCCGUCCAAACACUACGUGUAUCUCAUCAAUGUCACCUACUCUGACAACACCUCCCACAUCAUCUACAGAAGAUACAGCAAAUUCUUUGACUUACAGAUGCAGAUACUCGACAAGUUCCCCAUUGAGGGAGGGCAGAAAGACCCCAAAAAGAGGAUCAUCCCUUUUCUUCCAGGCAAAAUCCUGUUCCGGAGGAGUCAUGUGCGGGAUGUGGCCAUGAAGCGGCUGCGUUUCAUCGACGACUACUGCAGGGCGCUGGUUCGACUCCCUCCUCAGAUUUCUCAGAGUGAGGAGGUGCUGCGCUUCUUUGAGACCAAAGCCGAGGAUAUCAACCCUCCAGUGGAGGACUAUGGCUCCAAGCGCAAGUCGGUAUGGAUGUACGGCUUCACAGAGAGCCCCAGGAAGGAGGCCUCAGGGAUUGACACCUCAGAGCCCAUGGUGCUGGAGCAGUACGUGGCCGUCGCCAACUACGAGAGGCAGGAGAACUCGGAGAUCAGCCUCAAGGCCGGGGAGACAGUGGAUGUAAUUGAGAAAAGUGAAAGUGGUUGGUGGUUCGUCAGCACAGCAGAGGAGCAGGGCUGGGUGCCUGCUACUUACCUGGACUCCCAGAAUGGAACCAGAGACGACUUAGAUCUCGGCACCUCCAGGACCGCAGAAGUCACUAAGAGACGCAAGGCUCAUCUGAAGAGACUAGACCGCCGCUGGACCCUGGGGGGGAUAGUCAACCGCCAGCAGAGCCGAGAAGAGAAAUAUGUGACCAUUCAGGCCUACAGCAGCCAGGGGAAGGAUGAAGUCAGCUUUGAGAAAGGGGUCACCGUGGAGGUCAUCCAGAAGAACCUGGAGGGUUGGUGGUACAUCAGGUAUUUGGGUAAAGAGGGCUGGGCGCCUGCGUCCUACUUGAAGAAGUUGAAAGACGAUUUCUCACCCCGCAAGAAGACACUGACAGGCCCUGUGGAAAUCAUCGGCAACAUCAUGGAAAUCAGCAACCUGCUGCAGAAGAAGUCAGUCAGCGAAAAGGACAUACAGACAGACGGAGAGGGAAGCACUACCCCAGAGCGCCACAUUUCCAAGAGUGAGAUCAGUCUGCCGAUGCCGUUUAGCGCCGAAAUCAACGCCGAGACUGGCAGGAGGCUGAGUGCUGGCCGCGACACCAACAGUCCCUGUCUGGGAAUAGCAGCAAGUUCUGCUCUGAAAGAAAGCAAGGCAAGGGGGGAGCCGGGGUCCCCAGCUGUGGCCAGAGUGGCGCCACAUCGAGUGGAAAUCGGGUCUCCAAAUCUGAGACAAAAACCUCCCCCCCGCAGAGACCCUAACUUGGGAUUCCAGUUGCCCAAACCACCAGAGCCCCCUGCUGUGGAAGCAGAGUACUACACUAUAGCAGACUUCCAGUCCUCCAUCUCUGAUGGCAUCAGUUUCCGUGGAGGACAAAAGGCUGACGUGAUAGAGAAGAACCCUGGAGGCUGGUGGUACGUACAGAUUGGUGAGAUGGAAGGCUGGGCCCCCUGUUCGUACAUCGACAAACGCAAAAAACCCAACCUCAGCCGUCGAACUAGCACACUGACCCGGCCCAAAGUCCCACCACCGGCGCCGCCUGUUAAAAAACAAGAAACCGAGGAGACCCCCCCUCCUGCUAACCCUGCUCUCAAAGUAACAGAGCCACCCAGCAGACCCGUGUACGAGGAGCCUGAGUAUGACGUCCCAUCUAUUGGCUGCGAAGGUGAGUCUGAUACGGAUUCCUUGAAGAAUGAGCGCCCCCUGGAUGUGAAGAUCAGUGGCGCUGUCACUGACAAGUACCGCAGCUCUCCGCCCUCCAGCAAAGCCUCCCCUCCGCUCUGCAAGACAUCUCCUGCGUUUAGCCACAAAAGAUCAACCUUCAGGUCCGUGGAGGAGAUCACCAAAGAGGAGUGUGUUUAUGAAAACGAUGGCUUCAGAUCAAGCAGUGGAAGUGAAGGAAGGUCAGCCAGAGUUUCCAGUGAGCCCAGCUCCCCAAAGACUUAUCACUCCUCCACGGUCCCACGGAAACCUUCUGGAUCCUCACCUUUAGCAGGUAGAAGCAUGAAAGCAAUGACUCCAGAGAUGAACCGCCGGAGUCAGACGUUGGGCAGACACGUCGAUAUCAGCCUCCGGUCACAAGACAGCAGCCCCCUCUCCUCAUCAGAUGAGUUGAGCAGAGGCCCUAAGAAGAGCUCCGCUUUCACUCCAGAUGUAGAGCAGAAAAUAGGUCAAAGCCCCUCCACCCGACCCAAGCCUUCUGUCAGACCUAAACCUCUCCUCACCAAAUCAGAGCCUCAGACUCCUGAGAGGAAGGACAUUGGUUCUUUAAGACGUCAGCUAAGGCCUUCCAGUCAGUUCCGACCUGGACUCAAACCUUCUCGUGGGGAUGACUCGGAAACUGCUUCUGUUAUUUCGUCGGAGGACUCGAUGUGUUCACGCAGCACCUCGGAUCUCUCCUCUGUUUACUCUAAAGGGAGUCGCAGUGACUCCGACCUGGAAGUUCCUGUCCUGUACCGUUCUGUGGAUGUGUACAAGAAAGUUCAGGAUUCUGAGAUCAGCUUCCCAGCUGGUGUGGAGGUGGAAGUCCUAGAAAAGCAGGCCAGUGGUUGGUGGUAUGUCCGCUGGGGCUCUGAGGAGGGUUGGGCUCCAUCCUACUACCUGGAGCCUGUCAGACCAGUGGGAGAGGCUGGAAGAAGGGAUACAGAUGGGCAUGGCAGUGGUGGGAGUAAGUCCAACAGCCUGGAGAAGAAUGAGCAGCAUGUCUUGGCUCUGAAUAAUAUUAACAUUCAAGGGCCGACACAGAAGCAGCAGCAGCAGCAGCAGCAUCAGCACAAGGGCCUAAGAGGAAACACACCUCCAAUUCCGUCCAAGCCUCCUGGUGGCUUCUCCAAACCCGCAGUGAUGGUAAACGGAGGCGUGCGAAUGAGGAACGGGGUACGGCAGGUAGCGGUGAGGCCCCAGUCCGUAUUUGUGACUACAACGCAAUCACCCAAGGACGGGCACUACAUGACAGGAUCAUUGAGGCGAAAUGAGACCCACGUCAGAAGCGAUCACUACUUCUCUGGUUCUGCAACUCUUGGUGUCCGCCGAAAUGCCUCCUUCAGCACCGUGAGGCCGCACGUGGUGGUCGAAAGUCAGACAAGGCCCACGGAACGCUCCAGCCUGAGCUCCUCGGGCAGCUCCUUUAGUGCAAGUAACACACAGGACCCGCUCAGCAGAGUAAAUCAUCGCAACGGCAUCCCGGUGUCCACGGUUCGACCCAAGCCAAUAGAAAAGAGUCAACUGAUCCACAACAACCUUGGUAGAGAUGUUUACGUGUCCAUCGCUGACUACCGUGGGGAUGAGGAGACGAUGGGUUUCACUGAGGGCACUUUUCUGGAAGUGUUAGAGAGAAACCCAAAUGGAUGGUGGUACUGCCAGGUGCAGGACAGUCUCAUACCCCGUAAGGGAUGGGUCCCAUCCAACUACCUGGAGCGGAAGAAGUAGGAAAAACAUCCAUCCUUUUCUACCCCCUGAACCCAUGUCCAUUUUUGAUGUCUCCAGUUGGCAUUGCUCUUCAAGAAUGUUCCGCUCCAUCUCCUUUAAGCAAUACCCCUGUCAUGAAGUUCAUCCAUGACAAAAACUGAACCUGUAAUGAUCCGAUACAAUGAAAAGGACACUUUCACUGCUGGUUCAUCAGAAAUGUACCAGCAGACAACUGUAAAGAAUGCAGAAAUAUUUUGACUGUGAGUGAGAGACAGAAAGUUGGGAUCGGUCACCGUAGAUUGAUGUGAAUGGCAGUGAUGACUUCUGAGAGAGGUUUUCAUGGUGUGAUGCAGAAGUUGAGCAGUGUAAUGGCGUCGCUUAUUCCUGCCCAACGACAACUAUAACGGCCAAUAAGUGCCUUUUGUAUUUGAUAACCGCAAUGGAGGUUCUGGAUGGUGGAUGGCGACACUUUAAAUCUACCAAAUUUUUUUAAAAGUGCCAUAGGCCUGCGAACACCACUGGUAGUAUUUCAAUGACAGACUAGGGCCUACACAUCUGAACAGCCUACAGAGGUCCAAGUGGUCGAAGAUCAAAUCAGACGUAAAGAUACUGAGUUCACCAGAGAAGUUUUUUUUAUUGGUUUCGAGCCACAAAAGCAUAAAAAUGAGCUUAGAAAUUUAAGUUGCAUUGUCAGUGUUUUGUUUUUCACUUUAGUUGCAUUGUUGACGUUGUCAUGUCCUGUGUUGAUGCAAAUAUUUUCCUUAGAGAAUUAUUCCUGCUCUCUUGUGACAUCUGUGUUCCACCAGCAGCCUAGACAAACAAAAAUGACGCUCCUGUUACCAUUGGUUUUCUUCCUGGAGUCACAGUAAAAAAAAAAAAAAAAAGCGAAACUUGAAACCCUAGAUUUCUCCAGAAAUCUUAACCUCAUAUCUUGGUAUCUGAUACUUUAAGAUAAUGUAUAAUGAGUUUACAACUAUAAAUGUUUACUGUAGUUUUCUUUUAGCUGCGGGUAUGACUGAUUCUGUACAUAUGUUCUAACCAUGAUAAACUGCUGCCGCAGGAUUUUAUCAAACAAGUACUGGAAAUGCAGCUAAAGUGUAAAAUCCCAGGGACACGUGCUUAGCAUUGAGUCCAAAAUGUGAUGAAACCAAAGAAAAAAAAAACAACAUAUAUUUUUGUCUUGUUAAUUAUGUCCUCUUUAGUAGGCAAUAAAAACAAUUCCUCAGAUAUUGAUCCAGUGAAACUAAGAUAAAUUUACUGUAACAGUUACAACAGAGUACAGUAAUGUAUGCAGACAUCCCAAGUCUCCUGGAACAUGGAAUUUGCAAGAGCGUGAAUUCAAGGCAGAGAGAGUGUGCAUCUGACGAAAGCAUCCUAGCAACAUAGAGCAACGUUCUGGGGUGAUUUUUGCUACGUAGAACGAUCAGUUCUCGAUGUGGGGAGUUUUUUAUUUGUUUUUCUUUCAGACCAUCUCUCAAAUGUCACCUUGAUUUUGAAACCAAAACUAUGCAGCGUGAUUAUUGUUGCUGAGGAAUAAUAAUUUUAAUUUGGGCAAUAAUGUUUUGACCCGAAACUUCAGAACGACCCCGGGGGGUUUAAGGUUAAAGUGGAAUCUGAGGUGGGCAAGAACGUGACUGAACGUGAGGUAGAGAGAGUGUGCAUCCCAUGAAAGUGGGUACCUGACAUAAAGCCUGGUGAUUGGGAAGUUUUGGUUAGUGGUUCGUCAGUUUUCAGACCACAUCGCUCAUUUCAGUUCAGAGCGUCGAAGUGGUGACAGAACGGCAAAGAGAGCUCUGGAAAAGUCAAAAAUACCAAAAAGAAAGUAAUGAUAAAAUAAAACCAGUGACCCCAGGCUGACGUGUGGCCACUGUGCAGUGUACUGCUGCUGCCAUCUGUGAUGUAGAAACACAAGAUUCCAUGUCCAUAUAUACAGUAUCUAAUAUUCAGGCUGAAACUAGCGGGCUGUGAGAAGUAUGGGCUAUUUAAAACGUUGUUUUUAAGUUACAGUGGAAUAUAACUAAAGUAGUAUACAUGCAUAGGAAAAAAAGAAGACAAAAACAUAGUAAAUAUAAUCCACCAAUCACACACUGACAUUGUGUUUUUUGUCAGUGGGUUGGUGUGGACUGUCUUCGUGACCCUUGCCUGAAAUGGCCUUAAGAGUUUGGGAUGUCUGUGUAUUGUGCUGUAUGGCUUUGCUUUAAAUAGAAGAAAUAAUAAUACUAUGUCAUAAAUACAAAUAUUUAUGAACUUGAACAAACUGAACAUCAUAUAUAUAUUUUAAUUGUCAUUUCUUCCUGAGAAAUCAAACGGCUGAUGUCCAAGACUGCUGAAAUACAUUUUCUAACGAAAGCUGUGAGCACCAGGCUGCAGAGUAACUCACUGUUAGAUCCUGAUUCUGCUGGUCAGUAUGAGAGUUAUAAAAAUAAAAUAAACAAACAAACAAACAAAAUAUAUAAAUCCUACACUACCUGCUUGACUGCAGUUAUCUGUCAUGGCCAAAUCAUGUGUUUUUCUUUGUGAUCACACAGCGACAGUAGCGAGGAACGAAGUGGUUCGGUUUUGUGAAUUAAUGCACUUUAAAGCCUCUGUUUAUGGUGCAUUAAUGUAAAGGUGCAGUCAAACACUCAGCAUAUUCAUUUGGUCUUUUUUUUUAAACCUAAUUCUCCCCUCACCUCAGCCCAGACUCUCUUAAAGCCUGAGUAGAAUUAGAGGAAUUGAGACCUCUUGUGGCAGAUAACCGGUACGUUUUUUUUAAAUUUCUUUUUACCCAUUCUACCUCGGUGCACUGCUGCUCAGUCAGUCUCCCCCAAAACUGUACAGAGAUCAUGGUCAAAUCACAGUGCAGCUACUUUUUUUUGUCUUCAGGACAUUUUUAUCAGGCAAUAAUUUAUUUAUCUUUGUGAAAAUUUAUAAUUAAAAAAAAACUUGAUGCUGUGUGCUGCAACUUGAGCAAAUCGUGGGCACUUCCUUCGUCUUUAUUGUGCUUUACAUAAUGCCUGAUCGAAGCGUAUUUAUUGCAAUUCUUUUUUUGUUAAAUGUUAUUAUGACAAUCACAAUUAUAGCCCCUUAGAAAUGAUGACUUUGUGGAUUUAUACAGAUUGAUAUUUUUAAUGAAUUGGAUUUCUUUGUAUUUAAAAAAAAGGGUUUUGUUUAUUUGAAUAUGUAUGACACAAAGGAUGAAGAAGAAGAAAGGUGACAUUUGGCAGAAAAUCCCAUUCCGUUCAGACGAAGGCAUUAUGUAAAUGUGUUGAAUUACUUUUAAGGUUUUUGCGCCAGCACGUUAAUAUGACUAUUAUUAAUAUUAUUAUUUUUACCACAUUUGCUUUGUUUGCUGUUUCACCUGCAAGGGAAUCGUCCGUGUUCUUAAACCUGCAUUUAUCUGUGUGACUUCUGUCUUUCUCCUUCUUUCAAUCUACUUUUUCUUUGCCCUGUUUUGUAAAAAAAGAAAGAGAAAAUGUGCAAUAGAUUUUAUAAAAACUCAUUCUGCAUCCAACAGAAAGGAAAAAAAAAAUUCACAAGUUGAAAACAAAAGUAUGGACGAGGCUGUUUCCUGAGCUGGUACUGAGACGAGCUGCUCAUCAACGGCUUUUCCCGUCAUUUAAAGUCACUGCUCUGAGAGCAGGAGGAAUGUGAUUGGACCAAAGCAGCCAUGUGACACUUGAUCGUCUUCUCGUGUGACGAUCAUUGACUGAAACCAGAUUCUCUGCUGCUCCUGCCUCCGGUCAGCAGCAGACAUUGAUUUGCAAACAGCACGGCAGAAACCCACUGACCCAUUCUGUACUGACAUUACAGCCAUCUGGGGUCACAGAUGGAGGGUCGGGGGCCCUUGAGUGGCCCCGACUCUGAGCUGUCACGUUUGUGCCUGAAUGGAGUUUUAAUAGUUUCUGUAUUCUGUGUUGUUGUUGUUUUUCUUUUCUUCUUUUUGUUGUUGUUGUUUUUGUUUGUGCACACUGUCCACCUACCCUUGUGCCUCUCCUGACACCCCCUGACCCCACCAACUGUCAGACUCCUGUAUCAGCCAACAACAUACAGGAAGUGACACGUGAGCCUGGAUGGUCACCCGGAGUUCGGUCACUUUCAAGCAUAAACCCCUGCUGCCACUUCUCCAUUUUCCCCUCAGAUUUUUUAUUCUCUUGUCAAUUUCUACCUUCCGUCUCCUUCCUCGACUCAGCUCUGAAGUCCGAUCUCGGAGACUGAUCAGCAGGCGUUCAGCUGGUGUUUUUGUGGAAAGCUGGAGUGUCGGCAGGUGUUUGAGGUUCUGUGUUUGUCUGAUGAGGAGGACAGUUUGCAGGUGUGAGGUGCUAGCCGGUUUAUGUGGGAGGUUUGCAGAGAGGCGGGAGAUAAAUCAGGUGCCCGGGUCUGGGAGAGGAGGUGAGAGGAGAUGAGCCGUGAUGGAAGGAAGAUUAAAGGUUUCCAUUCUUUCAACUGGAAAGUAAUGAUUUUCUCCAACAGCACAUUUAAUGAGAAACUCUUUUGCCAACCAUGUGGAAAACCCGAGAGGUAACGAGCUGUGAGAUCUCUUUUUUUUUUUUUUACAACCCUAUCCUUUUAAAGGAACCUAUCCUUUUUGCAUUAUCAAUUGUAGCACACAAAUGUCACAAACCGAACAUUGUCUUUAUCCUCCGUUUUACCGGCGAUGUUUGUCUCCUUAUGUAGGGACAGUGAGGGUGUUUGGUUCAGUAUAACUAUGAAUCCGAGGGGGUUAUGCCCACCCCCCCAGUCCCAUUCCCUGGUGCCAUCGACCCACAUUUAAUCCUACGCGAUUGCCAGAGUGAAACCGAAGGCUAGGCCUCACUGUACAUGACGAUGGCACACCUGGUGUCAUCAUCUGCAACAACACUAGGGGGAGACAGUCGGGGAGGCCGUACAACUACCUAAGAGGUCAGAAGAGGUGGGCGGAGCCACAUAAGACACAGCGCCUUCAAAAGUGUUAUGUUUGUGACUGGGAAGCGAGAGGGGGAGACGAGUGGGGUGUUACCAGUGUGAUUGCGUGACGGUUUCUAGCGAUGUGAUUGGCUGUUCUUGAAUGAAACAACAGCAGGAAACUUUAGCAUUGAUGCAGUAGUUAGCGUAAAUCUGGCUACGCUAUGCUUAAAAUAUAGAAGGAGGAGUUUUGAACUUGAGAAGGCGCAGGUUUACUUGAGUUUGAGAAAGUGAGUGGAAGCAGGUGAAAGGCAUUCUGGGAGUUUUGGAAGAUCGUGAAGGUUUGUAAGUGUAAAAGCUGUGGAAAAAUAGAGGACGUUGCAAGGGUUAACUUUUUUUUUUCAAAUGUCUGAACGAAAGUCGGUCGACUGUUUUAGUGACGAAAAAAAAAACAAAAUCAAUCCUGGCAGAUGUGAUGUGUCAGUAGCAGCGGUCUGUGUCGACGGCUGUGUCGACGGCUGUGUCGAGGAAUCAGGCACUCCUCUGUCUGUGCUGUUUCUCCUUCUCUCUGCUUCAGUCUCUGUUUCUAAUUAGUGUGUUAAUUAAGACGAUGCUAACGACUGCUGCUGACGCUGCUGCUGUCACUGGUAAUUGAUGGAUGCUGAUGACUGGUAGGUUAUAUGAUCACAUGAUUUUGCAUUUAAAUUUACAUUCACUGUUAUUUAACAGUCAAGGAAUUAAGUCAGAUUUUGACACUUUCCUUUCCCGGGAAAAGUCUUUUAUUUUUUUGAGUUAUGAUAAUUCAUAGUCAGACAAAUUGUUAGGAACGACAUGUUAAAUUGGACGUCCUGAGCUGCACGGCUGGGACCAUCAAUACCUCUGUUGUAGGUCACUGACCUGGUGUUGAUCAGAUCUCUUUAAAGCUUUAAAACAAACCCCUACAACUAAGAGACGGCGUCCAUUUUAUUAUAAACUAUUUACGAGGAAAAUUUAAUACCACCCACUUCAUUAUCUGUAAUCUGUCUGUUGGUUACCAUGGCAACAGUACACACGCAAACGCGCAGGCCUUGAGUUGGACCAAAGGGGGUGCUAUUCUGUCAUUUCUUUCUCUCUUUCUGUUUCUUAUUUCCAUUGUUUUCUUUCAAAUGUUUCCGCUCGUCCCUUUCAAAGGAUAUGCCAUGAAAAGGUUAAAAAACUAAAACCUCAUCAGUGAACCACGAAGGCCUCAUUCUGACAUGGCCUCCCUCCAUCAUCUGCUCCCGAUGUGAGUCAGAAUCUCUUCAGUGUCGGGAGACUGUGCACGUUUGCAUUCCUUUUGGAAAGGGGACGUUUUCUUAUCUGAACUUUUCAUCCUCGAAAGUCUUUUUUUUUUCUUUUCUUUUCUUUUUUUUUAUCUUGUAUAUGUUUACAUUGUAUCUCACGUUGUCCAAAAGAGAAACAUUAUUAAAUGUACUAUCUUUGUUGUUUUAAAA